AUGGAUCAAACUCUGACAAACUCACCGAGACCUGUCCCUACCGUUCAGAUCUCUGACACGACUGUUCCGUUGGAAGCUCAGGCUCCAGCCCUACUGGAUAACACGGGACCGUCGUCACGACGACAGAUCCCAACACGGCUCCGCAAUCUGACCAGAUUCAGAGCACAACCGUAG